AUGCUUCCGAUCAUUCUCUUAAUAUCCUUAUUAGCUUUAUCUUCUGAAGCCGUCUUCACCCAAUUCGUUGGUGUCAAGGGAGUUCUUAUGUGUGGUGAUAAGCCUUUGGCCAACACCAAGGUGAAGCUAUACGAUGAUGAUAGCGGUCCGGACCUCGAUGAUCUCCUCGCCGAGGGAACAACAGAUUCUCUUGGUCAAUUCUUGCUGUCUGGACACACUUCGGAGGUGAUGACCAUUGAUCCGAAGCUCAAUAUUUAUCAUGACUGCGAUGAUGGAAUUACGCCUUGCCAACGAAAAGUGACGUUCAACAUUCCAAAAGCGUUUGUCUCGUCCGGCGAGAACGCAAAGAUGUUCUUCAAUAUUGGACAAGUCAACAUGCAAAUCGAAUUCGAAGUGCUUCAAAAACGCGAUAUCGCUAGUAACAUUGCGCUCGAUGAUCCGAAUGCGCGAUGCCGAAAUGGCGGGAUUUACACCGGCGGAAUAUGCCAUUGCAUUCAUCCGCACACCGGCAAGUCUUGCGAGCAUUUCGCUUGUGUCCACGGAAUCUCUGUCGGUUUGCGCUAUGACCCGGAAAGUUUACUAUUCGCUGAGCCGUGCAUUUGCGAUUCGGGCUGGGCCGGUGAAUUGUGCACUUAUAAACCAGAUGACAAAUGCCAAGAUCGAGGCGAAUGGAAGAACAAUCGAUGCGAGUGUAUUGGCUUCUUCUUCGGAAGCGAAUGCCAGUAUACGAGUCGGUGUGUUGAGGGAAAGAUAUUGCAUGGAAGAUGCAUUUGCAACGAUCGAUUCGAAGGGGACUACUGUGAUCGAAUCAUAUGCGAUUUUGGAACGCCUAACUUCUUCAAUAGAUCCUUGUCUUGCAUUUGCCCGGAGAAGUACACCGGAAGACACUGCAACCAGUGCAAGAAGACUGGUCCUCUUGUCGAGAAAUACCCGGUGUGCACUUUCAGCAUCGCCAAAAAGAAGACCUAUGAGCAUGCGAUGGAGAUUCGUCGGAAGGCGAAAGCGCAAAUGCGAAAACGAAUAUGGAUUAUCUCGGUGUGCGUUCUAGCUCUUGCUAUUGUUGCCGCAUUCGCAUUCUGUGUUCAUAUGGUUCAUCGAGAUGCGAAAAAGGCUGAGGAAGAGAGGCGCAAUCGGAUGAGAGACGAGAGGCACAUAUUGCUCACCAAUCAAGUUAAACUUCAAAAAUUGUAA